UAAGAAAAACCAAUCAAUCAAUCAUUCAAUCAAUCAACAUAACUGAAACAUAGCGAAUUUAAAGUAGAGCUAUUUUCAAUCGACACAUUGCUCUCGUUGGAGGCCGCACCAUGAUACUCUUGCCAUUACUGUUGUUUCUGUCCUCCCAGUUAAUGAUGAUGUACACUAUGGAAAACAGUGCCCUUUAUCGAAAUCCAGCAGGCGACUUUUCCGUUGGCGAUUUUAAGCCUAAUCCCUUCCAUUACCUAUGGGCAGAGAAAAUAACAUCGUCCAUGGUGGAAGAUCAGUUUGGUUGCACCUUCCUUUGUGUUGCUGAACCAAAGUGUUAUUCGUUCAACAUGGCGGCGUAUCCUGACUCGAAAGGUCUUUAUCUGUGUGAGUUGUUGGCCACUGACAAGUACAGAGAAACUAAAAAGUUUCACUCCAAUGCUACCUUCCAUCAUUACAGCCCAUGGUCUCCUUGUGAAAGUGAUCCUUGCAAGAACGGUGCCGACUGCGUUUCUGAAUAUGAAGUGAAUUCGUAUCGCUGUCACUGUAAGCCAGGAUUCUGUGGAACAAACUGUGAACAUGGACGUAUAGAAAAUAAAAGCUGUAGCGAGAUUAAGUUGUGCGAUCCCAACGCUCCAAGUGGAUCUUACGUCAUCGAUCCUGAUGGAGAAGGUGGCGUGAUAGCUUUCACUGUUGUCUGUGACAUGACAGACAAGAACAACGUUGGCGUGACAGUCAUCAGUCACGACAGCGAAGACAGAACGCUGGUGCAAGAAUGCUGGCCUGCAGGAUGUUACAAGCGUGAUAUCCAUUACAUUGGGGCAAAUGAUCUCCAGCUGGGAAACCUAACGACCAUAUCCGCCCACUGCGAGCAGUUUAUCAAGUACGAAUGUCAUGCCUCAAGGCUCCUGCUGAACGGUAACAUGUUUGGCUGGUGGGUUUCACGUGAUGGAGAUCAGAUGACGUACUGGGGAGGAAGUAACUCCACUUAUCCUUACAAGUGCGCAUGCGGAGUAACUGGCACGUGCGCAAACAUCGCAUAUGGAUGCAACUGCGAUGCGAAUGAUCGUGUGUGGCGCGAGGACAGCGGUCUGUUGACAAACAAAUCCCACCUUCCCGUCAUGCAGCUGAGGUUUGGAGACAAUGGUUCGGGCGGCCAAAGAGGCUAUCACACUCUGGGAAAAUUGAGAUGUUAUGGAAGCACUAGCAAAUAAAUCACAAGCUUUGACUGUUAAAUUUAUUAACCUAUUAUAGCAUUGCAUUUGAUUGUCAGCUCACUGAGCAAUCUGUAACUGUACGAUCAUUGAUUUUCAUGAAAGAGUUAUUAAGAGCUGUAAGUAGUUUUCAAUAGUUGUGAUAUUAUAUCAUACGUAAAAACCA